AUGCAAAUAUGCAACCAAUUGCGUCAAUUACGUCACGAAUUGUUAAAAGAUUUGUGUGAUCCAUCGUUGGAUCUAACUCUUGUACGAGAUAUAUUUGAUCAAUAUGUAUCACUUAUAUUAGGCUUUAUUAUUUCGCCAGAUGGCAGUUCGGAUGACAGUAAAUUGCGUUAUACAACAAAAUUUUAUUACACUGAUUCUUUAACAAGUACGUCAGUUAUUACGCCAAGCGAUAAAGAUGCACUCGAUAUACAUAAAUCGAUAAAAAUAUCGUCUGGUAUCUUCAAACAUGUUUUGGAUAUUGAAUUGCGAAAACUGACAAAUGUUAAACUUCCACCGUGUUCAGAUUUAAAUGAUAAAAUUCUUGUAGCAUAUUAUUAUCAAUCACUUGCUGAAUUUCACGAAGUUACUGUUGCUCGAGCAAUAAAUUCGAAACAAGAUAAUGCACUUAUAUCAAGUAUUGCAAAUCAGAUAUCGCAAUAUUUUGACAUCGGCGGCCAACAACUAACAACAUUCGAUGAUAAAAUCGCACGUGCAUAUCAAGCUCUAAGUUUAUUGGAUAAAAAUGAUGGCGGUGGGGCAUUAAAAGCUGUUGAAGAAGCUUUCAAAGUACAACAACAAGCUAAAGCAUUUUGUGAUGAAUAUGCAAAACGUGAUGCACCAGGCACUCAAGCAAUACCACAACGUCAUCCAUUCUUUCUUCAACUCGAGUCGAUGAUUAAACGUAUACACGAUACAACAGAAUUUGAAAAUACACUAAUACACCAUAAGAAAAUUGCUAACGAAUGUCCACCGCUUGAACAAGCUACUCAUGGUAUUUUGCAAGCAGAAGAAUAUAUAAUGCCAAAACUGAAUAGUCUGUUUUCUGCUGAUGCUUAUAGAGCAUUUGAUAUCGGAAAAAAUGUUGGUAAACCAUAUAAAGAAGAUAAAAAAGCUCGUGAAGUUAAGGAAAUGAAAGAAGUGCCUAUACCACAAGGUUACGCUGAUCCAAAUCAAAAUAGUUCAUGUAUUAUAGCUUAG